AUAACUUUUGUUAUUUUAUGCAUAAAAUGAAAUAUUUGUUUUUAUGCAACACAAUGAUGGUGUUCUGCUGUUUAUUUGUUUGUUCACUCAUUUUACAGCUUCAAUGCAUCAGUAAGUCCAUUACCACCGCAGAGGCCCCCAUCAAAGAGAAAUAUGGACGUCAGAUCAUUUUAGGGACACAUAAGGAAGGCGGUGCCGUCACAUUUUGGUCUCACGCGAUCAGUCUGCCGUUGUCCAGUAAUGCCAUCCUCAGCUGGAAAUUCUGCCACAUGGUUCAUAAACUGCUUCGAGACGGCCACCCCAACACACUGCGGGACAGCAAAGGUCAAACCACAAGCAUCAGACAAAUGGGAAUAUUAUGGGGGAAUCUGCAUGAUAGAUAUGGACAUAUAGUUGCACUGUAUGCCAAACUGCUGUGCAUUAAGAUCGACUUCCAUUUAAAGCAUCUGGAAAUCCCACCAAACCUUGAAGCUCCAGAAGAAGUUUUAGAUAAAGCCAUCGCCAUUGAUAUCAAUACAGUAUUUGACACGACGGGUGAGGUUCUUGACUACAUGGAGGCCGGACUACAAUUGCAAGAGACGGUCUUUCGUCAGAUGGAGUCUAAUUCCACCAGCUCCACCACGACAGUGGGUCAAUGUCGUCUGGCACCGCUGGUUCCCGUCAUUCAGGACUGCGGUCCACUUUAUCACUUCCUGGUCAAACUCCUGUUUAAGCUACACAGCCGAAUACCAGUGGACGCUCUGCUGGGACACAGGGAACGAUUUCGGGAUCAGUUUAACAGUCUGACACAGUUUUUUGAGCGAGCGAGAGGCAUGGAAUUCUUCAAAUCUAUCAUUCAAAUCCCAGAUCUUCCCAGUGAGCCUCCGAAUUUCCUUCGAGCGGCCGCUUAUUCAGAUCACGUGAAGCCGGUGGUGGUUCAGAAUCAGAGAACGACUUAUGAUGAUGAUACUGAAACCCAACUGGAUUUUAAUUUAGGACCGUCGUACCAAAUGCAGUACGGUUACAACCAGUAUGAACCUACAAGUGAUAUAUCAGAGCUAAGGGAGACCGACACGCUCAGAAAGGAGCUUGAAGUGGUGAAACCGGAACUUGAGUUGAUGAAAGUGGAGGCCCAGCGUGCCGUGGUCCACCUCAAGACACAGGUGAAUAAACUGGAGGCCGAACUAGAAGACCAGCGCACGCACAAGCAGAUGGCCCUGGUGGAGAACGAGCGUCUGCGCAUGGAGAUGGACGCCCUCAGGACACAGACCGCAGUCGCAGCCAGCAUUCAGGCCACGGUCGAUGAUGCGGGCAACAGAGCUCAGACCGCUCAAAUGAAUUUCACCAGACUGAAGGAGAAACAUGCUGAGCUGGUCAGCAGACACGCUGACCUUAUGCGGAAGAACGCAGAGACGCUGAAGCAGCUGAGCACCACUCAGAAGACUCAAGAAGAGCUCAUGACCGCCCGACAGCAGAUGGCAGCCGAGAUCGAACAGCUGAAACAAGAAAGCGGCACUAAGAGUCAGCUGGAGGCACAGAAAGCAGAGAUUGAACGUCUGAAACUUCAGUUACAGACCGAAAGAGCUGAAAUGUCCCAGGUCCAUAAUGCUUUGCAGAGCAAGGAGAAGGCAGGAGAUCAGCUGAGCAGCGUGUUAGUAGGUCUGCAGGCUGAGAAAGAGGCUCUGAUGCGUAAAAUUAAAGAACAGGAGGCUGAAAUCGCUAACCUGCGUCAGGCCAUCCAGCUCCUCCAAACCUCCAUGGAGCAGGAGAGAGAGAAACAUCAAAGAGAGAUAACAGCGCUGCAAAACCAACUACAGGAAAAGGUAUGCCGAGAACAAGAGCAGCAGAUGGAGAUGGAGAAGCUGAGACGAGAGCUCGAGGAGACGCGAGUGGAGAUGUUGCGAGCUCAGAGUAAAGGGAUUACAGGAGAUCAGCUGAGUAGCGUGUUGGUGGGUCUGCAGGCGGAGAAAGAUGUUCUUCUGCGUUCGGUGAAGGAACAAGAAGCUGAAAUCACAACCCUACGUCAGGCCGCACAGCUCCACCAGGCCACACUUCUUCAGGAGAGAGAGAGAGGUCAAAGAGAGAUGGCGACGCUACACAGCCAAAUGCAGGCAAAGUUGAGUCAGGACUCAGGAGUUUUACAGCAGAGGUUGCAGGACGAGCAGUUCAGCAUGUUGCAGUGCGCUGUGGUGGAAGCAGAGGGAAUCGUAUUGGACGCCGUGGCCAAAGUGGACGAUCCGCUGCACGUGCGCUGCAUCAGCACGCCAGAUUAUUUGAUCAAUCGGGCUGAAUUGACAUUGGCGUCUAUUGAUAAGAUGAAGCAGAGUCAUGCGGGAUAUUUGAGGAACAUGGAUGAUGCCAGUGCUAUGUUAAGGUCGGUCACUCAGUUCUCUCACCUCAUCGCUGACACUAUUGUCAAUGGAGCGGGCGCUGCCCAUUCGGCACCGACGGACCAAGCAGACCGUUUGACAGAUAACUGCAGGGAUUGUGCAACCCACUGCCUCCAGUUCCUUAAGGAACUCAAGUUGAAGGCCACUCUUCCUAGAGCAGAUCCCACUGCUGUCCGACACGUGGUCCAGCGCAUCCUCAACCAAGGCCAGGACCUCCGGCCCAGAGGUGCAGAUGUACGGAAGGAAGAGCUCGCAGAUAUGGUGGACAAGGAAAUGGCGGCCACUUCCUCUGCUAUCGAAGAGGCUGUGCUGAGGAUGGAUGAAAUACUGAGCCAAGCAAGAAAAGACAGUUCUGGACUAAAACUGGAAGUAAAUCAAAGCAUCCUUGGCUCCUGUUCAGAUCUAAUGAAGGCUAUACACAUGUUGGUGACAGCCGCCACUGACCUACAGAAAGACAUUGUGGAAAGUGGAAGGGGCGCCGGCUCCGACAAAGAUUUCUAUGCUAAAAACUCCCGCUGGACGGAGGGACUCAUCUCCGCCUCAAAGGCUGUUGGAUGGGGCGCUACACAGAUGCUUGACUCGGCUGAUAAAGUUGUGACAGGUGGAGGAAAAUAUGAAGAACUGAUCGUCUGCUCUCAUGAAAUCGCAGCCAGUACGGCACAGCUCGUCGCCGCCUCAAAGGUAAAGGCAGAUCGAGGAAACAAGAAGCUUAAUACUUUACAACAGGCCUCCCGGCACGUGAACGACAUGGCCGCUGUGGUAGUGACGUCUACUAAGGCGGGACAAAUGCAGAUUGAAGAAAAGGACUCCAUGGACUUUUCAGGGAUAUCUCUUAUAAAGCUCAAAACCGAGGAAAUGGAGUCUCAGGUGAAAGUGUUACAGUUGGAGAACGAGCUGGCAAAUGAGCGAAUCCGGUUGGGAGAACUCCGGAAGAAGCACUAUGAAAUUGAAGGAAUUCCAAUGGAUUCAGGGAAUGCAGUGAAUGAUUUUGACAGUUCACUUCCUACAGUCUUUCCUGACCCGCCCACAAUGGAACUGCCCAGUUUGGAAGCUUACGGACCAGAUCCGACCAACUCGGAUGCACUAAGACUGAACCCACAUGGGUUAGAACCAGCAAGACUUGAUCCAGCGGGACCGGAGCCUCUCAAGAACCCCGGAUCUAAACGGACGUUCUUUCACAAAUCAGGCAACAUUCUUAAGAAUCCUUUUAGGUGAACGCUGAGCCCUGGAUGUAUGAAGAAGAAGAUAAUAUACACUACUAAAAAUAAAGAUACUGAAAUAAUGCUAUAUAAGAAAAAUUUUUGAUUCCCCAAAGAACCUUUCAGUCAAAGUUU